AUGGUCACGCCGUUUUCCAUUACUCUCUUUCUUAACAAAACACACUCCCACACCAACCACUACCACUCUCCAAAUUCAAUUGCCCGUUCCCUCCCAAUUCCCAAUUCCCAAUCCCCAAACCCUACCCCCAUGGAUUCCCGCGACUCCUCCCCUCGCUCCCGCGACCCCGACGCCGACGCCAACCACCACUACCACCACUCCUUCGACGACCCCCCGCCUUCCCUCCACCCCAAGGUCAAGCUCAUGUGCAGCUACGGCGGCAGAAUCCAGCCCCGCCCCCACGAUAACCAUCUCACCUACGUUGCCGGCGACACCAAGAUCCUCGCCGUCGACCGCCACAUCAAGCUACCCGCCCUCCUCGCCAAACUCUCUUCCCUCGCCAACGCCCCCGCCAACGCCACAUUCUUCAAGUAUCAGCUCCCUGGCGAGGACCUUGACGCCCUCAUUUCCGUCACCAACGACGAAGACCUCCACCACAUGAUGUUCGAGUACGAUCGCCUCUCCCGCAUCUCGCCUAGACCCGCACGCCUCCGCCUCUUCCUGUUCUCGCUCCACAACAACAACAACAACAUCAAUUUUGCACUCACUGAUUCCAAACCGGAGCGCCAGUGGUUCGUCGACGCUCUUAACUCCGUUCAGGUUCCGCUUUUGGAAGGUUCUUCGACGCCGCCAACGGCGACGCCGAAUCCGGAUUUUCUCUUCGGUUUGGACAAGCCGGCUACGGUGGCUCCCGAUGCUCCGCCGAAGAAUCCUUCGCCGGAAUCUGAAGGCUUCUCAGAGGAUCGUCCAGCGGUCAGAGAUGCAGAAACCGAAACCGAGCGCCUGCCCGAACCUGAGAUUAGGAUGUUGCAGUCUGGGAACAACAAUGAGCAACAGUUGCAACGGAAGAUGACAACAGAGGAAGAUAAUAACGGUAGGGUUUACGGCGUUAACAGUGCGGAAGCUUUCGGUCAGAAGAACACGGAGAAUGUGACGCCGUUAGUUGCGCAGGGGCAAAUGCACGCGCAAGGUUUUCAUUCUGGAACGGUGUCGUUUUUGCAGGAGAGGAAUAAUGCGGGAUAUUCGUUGGCGGUUCCUACGACCGGGAGUGAGAUUUAUCUCAUUCAGACGCCUUCUGGAAUGUUCCAAGCGGUUCGGCCAGUGACUGGACCGGUAGGCCAACCGGUUUAUCUGGUUGCGGCGCCUGGUUCAGUGGGUGUGGCAGCGGAGCGUGCAUAUUCUGCGGGACACGGCGGCGCGCGGUGGUGA